UGGUAAGGCUGGGACUUGGACUUGAUUGCCGGAGCAGCGAAAAUGGUGAAGAAGAAGAAGAAGAAUGACCGGAGCGACAGCGACGAAGACGAAACCCUGUACUACCGCUACUCCUCCGGCGCACCGCCGUCGUCAGAUCCGGCCAAAGGCCGAGAACAGAGGGCCAGCUCCGGUGGCUCCGGGGGGCUGGCCCCGUCGAAGUCGACGCUCUACGUGUCUAACCUCGACUACUCCCUCACUAACUCGGACCUCCACUCGCUCUUCUCCACCUUCGGGAAGGUCGCCCGAGUCACUGUCCUCAAGGACCGCGGCAUGCGCCGGAGCCGCGGCGUGGCGUUCGUGCAGUAUGUGGCGCAGGCCGACGCGAGGAGGGCGGUGAGCGAGAUGCACGGAAAGGUGCUUAACGGGCGCACCGUGGCGGCUUCAAUCGCGAUCGACAACGGGCGGGCGCCAGAGUUCAUCAAAAAGAGGGUCUACAAGGACAAGAGCAGGUGCUACGAGUGCGGGGAGGGGGGACACCUCUCGUAUGAGUGCCCUAGGAACCUAUUGGGUCCGAGGGAGCGUCCGCUGCCGAAGAAGGGUCGGCGGGGCGGAGGGGGCGGCGUAGGGGGCGGCGGAGGGGGUAGCAGCGGUGGAGGCGGAGAGGGAUGGGAUGAUGGGUUUGAGGAGGACAAUUGGGCGUCGGUGGUGGACAAUGGGGCGGACGAGAGGCUGCUGAGGAGGGAAGAGGAGGAGAGAGAGAAGGGGAAGGAGAAGGAGAAGAAGAAGAAAGCAAGUUACUUUAGCGAUGAGAGUGAUGAAGACGAUUAAAGUUUGGAUAUUUGAAGAGAAAUGGAGACAGUCUGAAUUAGGGUUCAGGCAGUCUGCUCUGGGAGUGAAGAUGCCUGACCGUUUGAAGUUUACAUUGCUUCUCGGAGUAGGAUUGGUUUCGCCGAGUGGUUUAUGCUAAAGGAAUGAGUCGAGGGGAGCCCCAAUAAUUGCUUUGCUUAAACGUAGCAGAACCAUUUGUACCCUGACCCCUUGUCUGAAGUUCACUGCCCACAUGGAACAAGAUUCUCUGCUGAUUGCCAUUUUGUGCGGUGGCUAACAAUUCUGAAUGAGAAGUGCGCCGAGUGGAAAACAUGGAAGAGCUCAUUCACUGGGUCUAGGGAUCAAGACCAAUGAUGUGCCAAUGCAUUAGAAUCCAUAGAGCAGAGAGUGAGUUAUAUGGAAAGAGGCCGGUGGAGGAAGUAGUAGCAGCUCAAGAUCAGAUGAUAAUGCUGGGAGCGGUGUGUGUGAAAUGGCACGUUGGAUAGCUGCCAAUCAUCCCAUCUUCUUGGUUUGAAAUCCAAUAAUACUCAUCAUCUAGAUACCCACUCAGAUUAAGCAGAAUCACUGCUUGAUAUUUUGGUUGAUAAUGGAGAAUGUCACAUUAUAGAUGGUAAUUCAAGUCUCCAGAGGCAUUCCGGUGGGAGAAAUGCCGGGCAAGGUGAUCUUUUAGCUUAGAGAAUGUAGUUUGCAAAACAAGGCUAUGUAGCACAUUCCCUUCUUGUAGAACCUGAUCUCCUGUACAGUAAUAUAAUCUAAGGACAUCCCAGAAAGUGAUUAUGAUUGAAGAUUCCUACAACAAACAAGCAGAGGCUUAUUAUAUGUAUUUAGCUCUUGUACCACAA